UUUUAUCAAUAAACUUAAACUUAUAAACACCCUUCAAGCUGAUAACCAUCUCGUCCUCUAUUGGAGUUCUGCUCUCCAUUUCUAUCUUUUAAAAGUAUAGCUCAGUUCUUUUGUAUUAAUGUGCAAUUUAAGAAAAACCUGCAAAUCUAAAUUCAGUAGUCAAACAAAAUUAGAAUGGUUACAGCUGUCUGAAUUCAACAAUGUCACUAGAACAUACCCUUUGUUCGAGCAUUUGGUUUUCUCCAGCUUUAUAUUUCUGCUGAAUCUUUCUCUUAUCGUCUAGUCCAAGUGAUUAAGUGGCCAGCCCAAGUUUGGGUUCUCCAAAUUGAGGCCUUC